AUGGAUGCAUUGCUGGGAUAUGGUAGCGAGAGCCAAAGCGGCAGCGAGUCUGAUGUGAGCGAUUCUUGGACCUCAGAGCCAUCUCUCAAGCGGCAGAAGAGCAGCAGUUCGCCGCCCCUCAGUCGCCCUCGCUCGCCCGCGCUGCCAGCCCCCUCCCUGCUGCCGCCGGCUGGCGCGCUGCUGGACGGCACUUACUCGCCGCCGCCGGCGCACCAGCAGCGGCAGCUGGAGCAGGCUGUGCUGCACCAGGGGCGCAGCCGUGCUUUCCCGCACGUCACCGGCAACUACCCCACCCACGCCUUAGAGGCGCUGCUGCAGCUGCUGUGCGCCCGCCUGCCCAGCCUGCAGCCGGCUGCUGCAGCGGCCAGCGCCAGUCACGUCAGCGACAGCGGUGGCGGGGCCUCGAGCUCGCCAGCGGCGGCGCCUGGCCAGCCGUCGGCGCCGCCGCCCCGCCUGGCGCAGCCGCGGUACCACAUCAGCCUGUCCCGCACCGUACCGCUGCGCCUGCACCAGAUCGAGCCCCUGGUGGCAGACCUGCGCAAGCGCCUCAGGCAGCAGGAGACCUUCUGCAUACGCAUGGGGCGGGCCGAGGUGUUUUGCAACGACGACCGCAGCCGCACCUUCCUGUCCCUGCGGGCCUGCGGCGUCGGCGGCGUCGGCGACUCCGGAUGCUGCCCAGUAGCCGACGCUGCGCAGGCCGCCGACGCUGCGCAGCAGCAGCAGCGGGAGGGUGGGGAGGAGGCGGGUGGCGAGGUGCGGGGGCCGGCCGAGGCGGGCGCCGGCCCGCAGCCCUACAGCAGGCAGCUGGUGGGCCUGAGCCACGCCGUCAGCCGCGUGUUUGCGGCGCACGCCCUGCCCCGCUUCUACGCCGAGCCACGGCCCCACGCCUCUGUUGCGUGGGUGCUGGGGGACCACCAGCAGGCGCUGGAGGCUGCGCUGGCAGUGGCGGAAGUGCAGCAGGCAGCGCGGCGGCUGGCGGAGCGGCCGUGGCAGCUGCGGCCGGCGGCCGUCGUGUGCAAGGCGGGGCAGCGGGAGCACGCGGUGUGGCAGGCAGCGCUGGCUGACGCUGAGGGCGGGCCGCGCUGA